AUGUUUUUCGAACGCUUCAAACCUCUCCUUCUCUCGGCGUUUCUCGCCUCGCAAAUUUUAGCAGAAUCUACUCCGCUUUCCACUACGUUGGUCAACCUGUCCUAUGGGUCCUUCGAAGGACAGGAAUCAGGGAACCUCGUCGAAUUCCUAGGCCUUCCGUAUGCUGCUCCUCCGGUCGGGAAGCUUAGAUUCGAGCCGCCUACUGACCCGAUACAAGAGGCAGAGUUCACGGAGGGCCUGCCUAUCCCUCGUGCUGCUAACAUCUCCGAGGACUGCCUCUAUCUCAAUGUUAUCAAGCCAGCCAACAUACCGGAAGGUGAAAAACUGCCUGUCCUCGUCUAUAUCCACGGAAGCGGAUUUAUUCUGGGUCAUACCGGGCAGGCUCGUGGAGAUACUCUCGUGAGGCGGUCCAUCGAGUUGGGAGUGCCAGUGAUCCUCGUUACAACUGCCUAUCGCCUCAACGCAUUCGGCUUCCUGGGCGGCAAAGAAAGCAGCUUCGCGAUAUAUAUACCUAACUGGCCCUUAGAACGAUUCGCGCUCCAGUGGAUUCAGAAACACAUCGCGCAAUUCGGAGGCAAUCCCGAAAAUGUCAAGAUCUGGGGUGUUAGUGCUGGAGCUAUCUCUGUGGCCAUGCACAUGCUACUAGACGACGGAAACGAGAAUGGUUCAUUCCACGGGGGCGUCAUGGAAGCAGGAUCUCCUCUCGUCCUGCCUGAUAUCGUCAACCAGCAAAGGCACUUCGACGCCCUCGUUGCCCACACCAACUGCACCGACGCACCAGAUCGGUUGGAGUGUCUCAGGGACGCGCCAUAUGAAGCCCUCGUUGAGGGCGUGAAAAAUUCCUCCACCAUCCCAUCUUAUGAAGGCCUAAAGCUGACCUGGCAGCCCAUGGUGGAUGGGAACCUCAUCGUCCGCGAUCCUCAAUUGUCUGUCAAAAUGGGCAAGUUUUCAAAUAUUCCAAUAAUUACAGGGUGCACAGAGGACGAAGGAACGCUCUUCUCCUUGAUUAUGACAAAUAUAACGUGCGAAAACUCGUUCCUUACCCUCGAAAUCGACGAUUCACAUUCCUUCACAACUAGAAACAAUGCCGAAUUCCUGAAGAGCAACUAUUUCAACGAGAUAUCAGAUAAAGAUUUGAAGGCCCUAGAAAUCGCGUACCCUGAUGAUGUUACCCAGGGUUCUCCUUUCAACACAGGGACAGCUAACGUUUUCAGCCCACAGUACAAGAGACUCGCUGCCUUCCAAGGAGAUCUAGCGUUCCAAGCGACACGCCGCUUCUUUUCGACUAUUGCAUCGAAGAGACAACCCGUUUAUGGCUUCAGGUACAUGCGUCGUCGUCCAGACGCUGCUCCACACCUUGGUGUCGACCAUGGUAGCGACUUCCCUGAAUUCAUGGCCCUCGUCAGUGAUACAGGGUUGAUAGCAGCUGAUACUCUUAUCUACUUCACGAACAAUGGUGACCCUAACGCCCCGCAGGACUCCAUCAGUCUUCUUCGGAACACCAAGUGGGAUACAUACGACACAUCCACUGAAAAUCCACCUGUUUUCACCUUUAUAGACCCUCCGCCCUCCGUCAACAUCACCUUCGAUACCUAUCGCGCUGAUGCUAUGAAGUUGUUGAACAAGCUUUCCCUAAAGGAGAUUGGGAGGUUUGAUCUUGCGUGGACAUUUGGUGCACGAUAUGCCAUGUAG